UGCUAAGGCAAAGCCCGCUAAAACCUUUUACUCCAUUCGUAACCCUAACGGUGCUUCCUUCCACAGCAAUGGCGUCUCGAUAUCGCUCAAUUUCAAGACCAGCUUCUAUACUCUUCAAGUCUAUGUCUACUCCUUCUCCGAAACCCACUUCGAUUCCAUCUCUCGCUCCUCGUUCCUCUUCAACAACAACUGUCUCGAGAUCAUUUUCUCGAAUUGGUUGUGUGCAAUCUCUGUUGCCCCUACACACAGCUGUUUCAUCGGCACGAUUGACCUCGUGCCUCGGGAUAGACUCGAAGGGAUCAAGGUCUUUGUCUCAGGGUAUGCUCUCCAGUGCAAACCCGGGAGUUUGACAUUUUCUCUGUUAUAUUUAUCUAAAUGGGUCUGAGUGUGCCGCGAUAAGGGAGGACCGUACCUAAAAAUACAAGAGAUGGCAUUUUGAUUCACAAGAAUGGUACUUGGGUGAAGUCUUUUUCAUUUGUUUGAUGAAAGAUUUUAGCAACAUUUUUGUAUAAUGGAAGCAUAGUCUUGCAACAAUUGAAUUCCUAUAACGUUCACUUUCAAUCAUUGUCAAAAAAAAAAAAUCAUCCCUGAAUGUUACUGUCACAGUUUUCCAUCCUGCUUGUUAAUUUUGCUGCAAAAUCUUGACUCUCACAUUUUGUCUA